GGCAAAGCGUAUAUAGUUGUGCGUGCUGUGGAGUGCAGUGUGUGUAAUAUUGUUAAGUUAAAAAGUGUUUUGUGAGUGAUAAAUAAUGGCGAGAUUGCCAGUGUUAGUGAUACUCGGUGCUACGGGGACGGGAAAGUCCAAACUGGGUAUCCAGCUCGCAAAAAGGUUCAACGGAGAGAUAAUAUCCGCCGACAGCAUGCAGGUUUACAAGGGUCUCGACAUCACAUCGGCGAAAGUGACCCAGGAGGAGCAGUUGCAAGCGAAGCAUCACAUGCUCGACGUCGUUGAUCCGCUCAACGAGUACACAGUGGUGAAUUUUAGAAAUCAAGCCCUGCCGAUCAUGCAAAAUUUAAUCAACAAAGAGAUCAUGCCGAUCAUCGUCGGCGGCACGAAUUACUACAUCGAGUCGCUGCUUUGGAAAAUCUUGAUCGACGAUCCGAAGACGAGCGAGUCCGAUAGCGAGGGCGACUUUUCGCCCUUGAAAAUUCGUCGCAUCGAGGAGACCUCCAACGAGGAGUUACACAACAGAUUGAAAGAAAUUGACCCAGAGAUGGCCGACAGGCUCCAUCCUAACAACAGACGAAAAGUCAUACGAUCUUUAGAGAUUUUCGAGCAACACGGCAUUACGCACUCGGAAAUCCUGCGUCAACAAAGAAUUGCCGGAGGCAGUGGUCUGGGCGGUCCGCUGCGACAAGAGAACUCGAUUAUCCUUUGGCUGACUUGUAAUAAGGAAGUUUUGGACGAGCGUUUAAGUAAAAGAGUCGACUCUAUGCUCGAAGCUGGAUUAAUUCAAGAAUUGCUGGACUUCCACGAGAGAUACAACAAGGACCGUCUUAAAAAAGAGGAAUUACCGGAUUACACGAAAGGGAUCUUUCAGAGCAUCGGCUUUAAAGAAUUUCACAAGUUUUUGAUUCUGUCAAAAGAGGAGCGACAAUCAGAACAGGGCCAAAAAUUGCUAGAAGAAGGAAUUGAACUACUGAAAAUAGCAACUAGACAGUAUGCGAGAAGACAGAAUAAAUGGGUGAAAAAUCGACUGUUACGAAGAUCGGAUCGUCAGGUACCUCCAGUAUAUUCGCUUGACUGCUCUGAUGUAAAUGUGUGGGACUCUGUUGUUUAUGAACGAGCUAUGGAAAUCAUAGAAGCCUAUAGAAAUGGUCAUACUCCAUCGGUUGAACCGAUUAACAAAAACAUAGUCGAUCGCAAAGUAUCAGAUAGCAGUAAUGAUCGGAGUCGAGUUUGCGAGGAUUGUGAUAGAAUAUUUAUUGGAGAUCUACAGUGGACUCAACACAUCGAAGGAGCUAGACAUAAAAAAGUAUUGAAUAAAAAGAAAGUCAAAGAGCUAGCUACGUCUUCACAAUGAUUAUGAAGUAGAUAAAAAUAAUAUUAUUUAAUAUUAAAUAAUGUAAAAUACUUUAUAAGAAUACUGUGAUAGUAUAGGUCUAAGUUUUUU